UCUGCGGUGAAAGGCUUAACUAUGGGAGGGCUUAACAUCAUCUCGAUAACAGACAGCACAGCCAUACCGAUGACGGAUUCUCCUCGACCCCGGAAAGCUAAAAAGUUAUAGUGUUACAGGUCAUCUGUAGUCACACACAUAUUUGUUGGCCACUGUGUGGUACCUUGUAAUGUUGGAUCAUCUGAAAUUACCUGAAACCUGAAUAAUUUGAAAUGAAAGAGUAAGUUAACUAUUAACAGAAUGAUGCGUCCUCUGCCAUUGGCUAUUUAAAGGGUUGAGAAGCUAUAGGGAAGCUACUGGACACCUGCAGUCAUAGAUAGCCAUUUCUUUAAUGGCUCAGAUAAGUUGAAAUGGAUGAUUAAGUUUAUUUAUGAUUUAAAUAGAUAAUAAUGGCCUUAUCUGUCAAUAAACCAUUUCAUGGAUACCAUAUUUGUGGAGGGAUUAAUGGCCCUCUCAUCACAUAACCAUAGGACAUUAUGGCCACAGAGAUGUCUAAUAACCCUUUAGAAUGUGUUAGGUGUUUUAAUUUACUUAACAGCGAAUGUUUCAGGUGUUUUUAACAGCUAGGGAGAGAGCCGGCCCACAAGUACAGUACUUCAUUGUUGGUUUGAAAAAUAAUAAUAAUGGUCAAAGGCAAUAUAGACAGCUGUAAAGGCAGAAAAUGGUCAUAUAUAAGGGAUUUUGUGACAAAUGGCCAUUGGAAAGCCAUUACUAAGGGACUAAUGUAUAUAAACCAAUCAUGUAAUGAAUUGUUGUAUGUACUUAGCUAUUGCAUAUGUAAUAGAGCUAUGUACAUUAAUUCAAUAAAAUAAUUACUGUCUA